GGAUUUAAUUUUUUUAUCUCCCCCCUCUCUCCUCCCACCACCACCACCACCACCCAGCCUUGUUCUGUGGAUUAUAAUCUCUCUGGAUCGGAGGGUCUGAACAGGAGGAUUUUUAGGGCUUCGGGGGUUGGGGAGGGGAAGUGGUGAGUGAGGAAGGGGGGUGAUUUUUUUUUAUCUCCCCCCUUCCUUUUUUCUUUUUCUCGUUUGGAAAUGGAUGGGAAAAUCAGGCAGAGCCGGAGAUCGAGGUCCCAAAGGGACCGCGUGAGGAGAAGGGAAGCUAAUGCCAGGGAUCCCCGAAAUCAAAGUCCUUCUUCGGCGUCCGAAAAGGAGCAAAGCCCUGGCAAGGAAAAUACAAGCCAAAACUGUACAAAUCCCCCAAACCUGGCGUCCACCGCCAGAAAUGUCAGACCUCCGAGGCGCAGGAGACGGGAAUCCAGCUCCCAAGAAGAGGAUUUAAUUGAUGGGUUUGCUAUAGCCAGCUUCAAUACCUUAGAAGCCUUGGAGAAGGACAUGUCAUUGAAGCCUCAGGAGCGAAAGGAAAAAUGGGAGAGGCAUCCAGGAAAGAAACCACGAGAAUCCGAAAACUACGUGUCCGCAGAGCCCAGUGAAAAUGGCCAUAAUAAUGAUGCCGGGAGCUCUGAGAGAGAGACUGAACGAGGCAAAGAGAGAGUGAAGAAGAAACACCCUUUGAAGAUAUCCAAGCAGAUGAAGGUCCCUGCAAGCAGAAGUGGCAGAAAUAGCGAAGAAGAUAGCAUCAGGGAGGCCACAAGCUCUCAGCGAAGCAGCUCGAGGGACCGUCUCAGUGAUAGUUCUGCUCAAUCGCUUUCAGGAAGAGGCUAUUCCUGUGACAGCGAGAGUGAUAUUGACGAUAAG